CACGGCCACCGCCUCUCGCCCCCCUCCUCCCCUCCACCUCCACCUCCACCGCCGCGCGCCACCCGCCCCCCUCCUCCCCUCCGCCUCCGCCGCCACCGCCGCGGAUGGAGCUCGUCGCGGCGGGUUGCCAGACGGCGGCGCCGUUCGCGCUCUGCCCGGGCCAGCAUCUGCUCGCCGUCGGGAUGGCGGCGCAGGGCCGCGGUGACGCCGGGAGACGGGCGUCGCGGGUGGACGUACUGCGCCUUCUUCGGCCCAACGGCGAGCACCACCUCGGAGGUCCGCUGAAGGUGGACUGCGUGCUCGGAGCUCCAGGCCUGCGCAGGCUGGCGUGGUCCACGACACCGACGGGUUACCAGCCUGACUUCGCGCUCCCAGAUGAGGUGCUAUACCAGGCCGGCCUCCUCGCCGGUGGAUUCGAGGACGGCACAGUGCGCAUAUGGGACCCUAAACCCGCGCUGCGCUGGGAUUUGGGUGAGGGAGUUCCAGAGAAGCCUAAGGCUGUAUGGAGGUUGGACGACGAUCCUAAAAAUGCGCUUACUCUGGAAGCACAAAUCCCCGCAACAGUUGCAGAUAUGCAUGCCAAAGUAAGAGAAAUGAAAUGGGCAUUGUAUUACGAUCACGACUCGAGAGGUAUGAAGAGGGCCGGUGUCGGUGUCAAAACCGGCGGAUCUCGGGUAGGGGGUCCCGAACUGUGCGUCUAGGCCGGAUGGUAACAGGAGGCAAGGGACAUGAAGUUUUACCCAGGUUCGGGCCCUCUUGAUGGAGAUCGGCCGAUCGGGGCAUCCGGCGACUGCGAAUCUGCGACAGCUGCCACCGGCGGAUGCUGGCACAUAGGGUGCGUUGGCAAAGAAUAGCAGGGGACAAAGAGUUCCAUCAUCUGUUGCUGCCGACUUGGUCGUGAAGACCUGGACUUGUUGUAAUCUUGUUUCCUUGAUGAUUGAUGGAUAGCUGAAGCAUGAAGAACACGGAUUGUCACUGAUUUACUGCAACCUUCAGCCUUCAGGUGCCUUCACUCCUUUUCUUGCAAACAUGCUGUCCAAAAAAGACGAAAAGAACAGAUAAUUCCAUUGGAUUGUAGAAGGGAGCUAUGCAUAAAUAUAUUGUAAGGAAUGAAUCUACUGAUAAUCUUGAGGAAUUAGAUGGCGCUGGUGCUGAAGAACUACAACCUGCUGAGAAUGAGACCACUGUUUCUGGAGCCGUUUCUCAUGAUUACUGAAGGCUUGGAGCUUGGUUAGAAGAUGAUAUUGUCUCCAAAGAUCCAGAACUGUAUCUGUAUCCCGAGGAGGGUGAGAUGGAGCUAGUUGCGAAGUGCAAGAUUUUCCAAGGCCCAGUUUUGGGGUUAUCUUCCAAUGAUCUGCAUCCGUAUUGGAUUGCUACUGCUGCUCCAGCUUAACGAUUUCGGAUCAGUGAAAGAGGAGAAGGUGCAGAUGACAUCCCUAAAAUGGAAUAAGAUAUACCCUACAGCCCUGGCUGCCACGAGCAGCAAAGGCACCACAACAUUCGGCAAUACAAAAGUCAAGAGCCUCUCAGAUCUGGAGUUCAGCUGGAAUAAUCCCAUGCACUUGGCCGUUUCAACCGCAAACAAUGGUACUUCAGCAGCUGUGACGGUUUGGGACAUGAGAUUCAGCCGCACGCCCUAUCAUGAGUACAGCACCGGUACCUCAGGUGUAAACUGUCUCUCUUGGAAUCGGUCUGGCCAACUUCUUGCGUCUCAUACCGACGGUACGAUAAGCUGCUGUGAUGUAUACAGCAAGGAGGGGUUGACUAGGGCUUGGCAUGGUGAUCUGGGUGUCACUUGGACACACUCUGAGAAUGCAUUUGCCACACUGUCCUCAAAGUAUGGAGUCAGGCUGCAUGAGAUGAGUGACCAGAGGAUUUACCCGUGAACCUGUGAUGACAUGACUGAAUAGUGAUUGCUGGUGGAGAAGGAGAUGCUUCAAAAGCCGAGCUAAUGGAUACUGGAGAUUGAGAAAGAGAGAGAGAGAGAGUCGACAACCUUACGAUGUAGGAUGUAGAAAAUACUAACAAUACCAUGCAUUUGUUCGAUGCAAUUCUGUUCGAGGCAACUUAACACGCUUUCUUCCGCAUGUCCCACAAGGAGAUAGGAAAAGGAGAUGGGGGCUCACGUGUACAGCCCUUGAUUUACUGGUUUUCGAUACCUGUAUAUGCAAGUGAGAUAGAUUUACAA